AUGGAUGACAAGGUGAAAUAUCUGCUCUCCCUCAGCGCUGUCCGCGAGCGCUCAAAGAUUGUGGGAGAGGCGGCUGAGGCGGGAAAGCUGAGUCACUUUGACGUGCACGAAGAGCAAUUGGCUGAGGCUGCGGAUUUCGUGACUUCUGUCAUCAAGCGCGAUUACGGUCCAGACAAGUUCCACACCAUUCCCCCGCAUGGCCGAUGGCAACACUUUGAAGUGGGCAACGUUCCCCGCAUCUCCAAGCUUCUUGAGGAGUGGAAGCAAGGCGGAUGUGAUGACUUGGAGACGACGCGCCGCCUGAUCGACCUCUUUUUCGUCUCGGUGCUGUUGGAUGCCGGGGCGGGAGAUCACUGGCGCUAUGUUGAGCCAGGGACUGAGCGCGAGUAUGAACGCAGUGAGGGAAUUGCAGUUGCCAGUCUGUACAUGUUCAAGAGCCUGGGCUUUGCAGCUGCCAAGAAUGAUAAACAGCCGAUUGUGGAUGGAAAAGGCCUGCAGGACCUCAAGACAGAAGCACUCGCAGACGGCUUCCAGAUCUCCGACAAGAACCCAAUGCUGGGCGUUGAUUCUCGCGCCAACCUCCUCCGCAGCCUGGGAAAGUCACUGCUAUCCCAGCCGGAGAUCUUUGGCCCAGAGGGUCGUCCCGGAAACGUUGUUGAUUACAUGAAGAAGAACUCGGCCAACCCUUCCAGCCUAGACGUGCUCGUCUUCUGGGACAUUCUCCAAAAGCUGCUCAUCCCCAUCUGGCCCCAAGACCGCACAAACGUCAACGGCCAGCCCCUGGGCGACGCAUGGCCCCUGUCAACGCUAAAGACGCAGACAGCCUCGUCGGCUGAUGAAACGGCCUUUAUCCAGCCCUUCCACAAACUGACGCAAUGGCUCGCCUACUCGCUCAUGGUCCCCUUCACCCGCAUCCUCUCUCUCCAAUGGGAAAACGCCUCUGCGCUUACCGCGCUCCCAGAAUACCGCAACGGCGGUCUCUUUGUCGAUGUCGGCGUCCUGACGCUCAAGCCGGCGACGCUCCAACGCGGCAUCAGCGCCUCGUCCGACGGCACCGGCCUCCCGGCUUUCAGUGCGGGCGACGACGCUAUCGUCGAGUGGCGUGCCAUGACGCUCGUUCUCGUCGAUAAACUCUACAAGCUUGUGCUGCAGCGCAUGCACGGCGUGGAGCUCAGCAUGGCGCAGCUCCUCGAAGCCGGAACCUGGAAGGCUGGCAGGGAAGUGGCUAAGAUGAAGCGCCCGGAUACGAAGAGCAGUCCUAUUAUUAUUCUUAGCGAUGGCACUGUUUUUUAAACCUAGCCUUGACUUGAAACGAAUUAAAAUGAAUUGAAAUGAAAUGAAAUGAAAGGCGAAAGGCGAGUGUCGGUGUCUGUGUGUGUGUAUUGAAAGCUACCUGCUUAGUAGUAUACAGUACAUGUGUC